AUACCGAUGAAAUUUUUCGUCUAAUUUCUCGAUCCUUGAUUUGCGACGUUUUCGGAGUCGAAUUCUUUUCCUUUUUGGAGGUCAUUCCGGACAGGCCGCGGUUCGGUGGGCGGAUAUAAUAGGUGACCGUCCACUGCCGAGAGAUGCUGCUCCGUCCGGCGGUACCGCUGAGCAGGGCGCUGGGCCGGCACGCCCGGCUCGGUCAGCGACUGGCGCGGCCCGGCGCCGCCCUGCUCCACACGCCGAGGCCCUCCGGCGCGCCGCGCGCCCGCCUCCUCGGCGCGCCGGCGGCGGCCCGGCCGGUCGGCUGGGCGCGCCACUACGCCUCCCAGGACCUGCCGGCGCACCACAAGAUCGUGCUGCCCGCGUUGUCGCCGACCAUGGAGUCGGGCUCCAUCAUCAGCUGGGAGAAGGCCGAGGGGGACUUUGUCGGGGAGGGUGACCUACUCGCCGAGAUCGAGACCGACAAGGCCUCGAUGGGCUUCGAGAACUCCGAGGAGGGAUACCUCGCCAAGAUCUUAGUGCCGGCCGGAACUAAGGACAUCCCGCUGGGCAAACUGCUCUGCAUCAUUGUCGAUAGCAAAGAGGAUGUUGACAAGUUCAAGGAUUAUGUCGACACGUCCGAGCCUGCGCCCCCCGCCGCGGCGCCGGCGGCCGAAGCUCCCAAGCCCGCGGCGCCAGCCGCCACUCCCGCCCCCGCCGCUGCUCCAGUGGCCCCGGCCGCACCAGCCGCCGCCCCGGCCGGGCCGCCCGGAGGUCGGAUCAUGGCCAGUCCGCGGGCGCGUAAACUGGCGGCCGAGCAGGGCGUGGACCUCACGGCAGUUUCUCCGGGCAGUGACGGCCUGAUCCGGGCUGCCCAGGUCACCGCCGCCCCCGCCCCCGCCCCGUCAGCCGCGGCUGCUCCCGCCGCUGCGGCGCCCGCCGUCCAGCCGAGCGCGGCGCACGUCGACGUGGAGCUGUCGUCAGUCCGCAAGACGAUUGCCUCCCGCCUGUUGCAGUCGAAGCAGACGAUCCCACACUACUACCUCUCUGUCGACGUGGACAUGUCAGCGGUGGCGCAGAUCCGCGCCGAGACCAACCAGCGCGCCGGUAAGGAUGGCGUCAAGCUCAGUGUCAACGACUUCAUCAUCAAGGCGGCGGCGCUGGCAUGUCUGCAGGUGCCCGAGGUGAACUCCUCCUGGCAGGAGACUUUCAUUCGGCAGUACAGCUCCGUGGACGUGUCCGUGGCCGUGUCAACCGACUACGGUCUGAUCACGCCGAUCGUGUUCGGCGCCGAGCGGCGCGGCGUAGCCGACAUCAGCUCAGAGGUGCGCCGGCUGGCCGAGCGUGCGCGCGCGCGCCAGCUGCAGCCCAACGAGUUCCAGGGCGGCACGUUCAGCAUCUCCAACCUGGGGAUGUUCGGCGUGAAGAAUUUCUCGGCCAUCAUCAACCCGCCGCAGUCGUGUAUUCUGGCGGUGGGCGGCGCCGUGCAGAAGCUGCUGCCCGGCCCGGACGGGCCGCGCACGGCCGACGUUCUGUCUGUGACGCUCUCGUGCGACCACCGGGUGGUGGACGGCGCGGUGGGCGCCCAGUGGCUGGCCGCCUUCCGGCGAUACAUGGAGCAGCCCGUCACCAUGAUCCUGUGACCGGCCUCACUGCCAGCCGGGCUCCUCUAGGUAGUCGUCAGUGAAAGUCAGCCGGCCGAGGCGCCGCGCCGGAGGGUAAGGGAGAGAGAGAUCGCGCCCGUUGCGACAAUAUCGGUCAGGGUGGGGGUGGAUGCCGUCAGCGCGUGUGCUAGUCCUCGACGGGCCGCUGCCACGGGCGGGAAGGAGGGGCGCGCCGUCUGAGCGACCGCCUCCCUCAGUUGAUGUCAGUAGGUGCUGAGUGAUGUUUAUGUGACGCCAUGUCUUCGUGCAAUGAUUUGAUGACGCGAUACUAAACUGACGAAUGAACGCAGGUUUUGUGUUGGACUUCGUCAAUGUCAGGGAAAGAGCGACUCUUGCCGUACCCGAAUAUCGCAAUGGUUUCGUCAACAUUUGACGAGUUCCACCGCCACACCCUUUUGUCUUUGAAUCGGUUAUAACCUGACUGAAACUAUGUGGCCAUUCAGCAUCCAGUUUUAACGCGGCACAGGUCAGGUGCGUCUGGCUAGGCAGUCUCAGCUUGGCUCGGGGUUCUGGCCGCUCGCCAGUGUCACGGAGGGUGAGCGUGGGGGGUUAUCUGGGCCGCCCGCCUGAGGGGAUAGGCCGCACAGUUGUGAAUAACGUGCCGGGUCAUUGACGGUGUGCUCACCUGACCCGUGAACUCUGACGUCAUCGUAACAAUAUAAAUGGUGAUAGCAAGAAAA